AUGGAGAGAGGCUCAGAUGUAAUGAGUGAAUAUAGACCUGUAGCCGGUAUCCGACUCAGGAAGAGGCGAGCUGUCCCCGGCCAGGAUGCGUCUGCAACAGCACUCACGUCACCUGCAUCGGCUCACGGUUCAGGAAUUCCGACGUCUUCCAACAGGUAG